AGCUAAACGAAAAGAAACCAAAGAGAAAAAGUUUACUGGUGCCCAGAAAGCUGAAAUAUGCCGUCUAAGACAAAAAGGAGUAAGUCAAGUUAAAUUAGCAGAAAAAUUCAAAGUUGCCGAAGCAACUAUUUCAGCGACAAAGAACUGGAAAGUUUCUCUGCUAGAGGAGGCACUGGCCCUUUGGGUGUCACGAGCAAAUAUAGCACUACAGACAGUCACAGAUGUAAUAAUCCAACAUAAAGCAACACAACUCGCAAAAAGGCUUGAAGUGACAGGUUUCACUGCCUCUGAUGGGUGGCUCUCAAAUUUCAAAAAACGGCAUUAUAUAAAAGAAUACAACGUUUGGGUGAAGCUGCAA